UCCUUAAAAUAAUAAUUCACGGUUUCUUCAGAAGCAUGCUAAUUUUUAAUCAGAAUAUUUUACCCAACUUAAUAAGUGAAAUUUGUUUUGGCUGUAUAGAAACAAGCUCAAUAUUUAUAAUGAAUAUUUCCUGUUUACAUUGAUAUAUUAUAUACUAAGAUAAUCUAAUUCUAAAGGUGCUAUUGAACCUUUAUACAUCUGUGAUAGUGUUUGGCGUGUCGGCAAUAAUAGCGAUAACGAAAUUUUAAAAAAAUUUCAUAGUUGGAAUGAUUUGAUAGACAGUUUGAUAGUGUCCAUCUAAGUAUUAGUAUUGAACUUAUAUUCUUUAUCUUAAAAAUGGAGGCUGAUAAGGUUUUUCGUGACUCGCGGCUGGGGAUAGAUCAAGUCUAUAAUACGUACUGCUGUUUAAAAGUUUUACUACAUAGUAAAAUCAUACGACACUUGAGGAAUAUUUGGUCAAUUGUUUUAUGUCCCACUUGCAUACAUGGAAAAUCCCGAAUAUGAGUUUACGAAUUCCAAUAUCUGCUUCUGCGGCUGCGCCAGAUGGAAGAUUAAUGGUGUGUUCCUGGUCUCGAAGUUCGAUUUAGACGACAUUGUCCACGUUGGGGGUCUUAUCGGGGGCGUGUACUGCUGCCGAAUCAGACAUAAAAGGUACUCACUGGGAUGAUAAGGAUCGUGGUAAUCAUUUUGGUGUGUAUCAUACGAUUACCUUUACUCAAGCUAAAACUAUGUGCGGGAAAUAUGGCCCCCUAUUUAGAAUGUCGAACACCUGUGUCUCAAUCAGUGUGUGGUUUACCUUCAUAGCAAUAACUUGCUUGGAACACUUUUGUCCGAUUGGAGUCUAUGCAAGUCCCAGAAAUGGAUGAUAAAAACAAAGAGUCCUGCUGUCUGCCUUUAAAGGAGGAGUUCCAGCGCUCCAAGUUCUCGCUGCAUCACGAGGAUCCUGGAGUGUUCUGCCGCUCGCAAUGGCAGAAAGGAGAGCGGAAUCUAAUCUGGGUCCUGUAUCGAUGGAUUUUGGCGGCUUUCUUUGCGGCUGGAGUUAUUGGCAGUAUGAUGCAAGAUUUUAAUGGCGGGCGAUGGUUCAUAUUCCUUACGGACUGGGGAUUUACACUGUGCUUAUUUACCUGCACCUACGGAGCAGUAAUCGCCACUAUUUACUACUUUAAUCCAUCUUAUUUUUCUGCUGGCGAUCGGUCUCUAAAGAUUUACUGGAUCUCACACUAUACCACUUCAGUGCUAUCCAUGUUAAUUACCACGGUCUUUUGGGCUGCGCUUUCGAACACCAUGCCGGAAAUAGCGGGUGAACUCUACAACUUAUGGUGUCAUGCCUUUAACUCGAUCUGUAUGGUUUUCGACUGCUUUAUGGUGGCUUAUCCCAACCGCCUCAUGCACUUUAUAUAUCCCUUUUCCGUUGUGCUUAUCUUCUUGGUACAUUCCUUGAUUUACUAUUGGGCCGGUGGAACUGACAUGGACGGAAACCGUUUUAUCUACUUCGCUCUGGACUGGGCACGUCCUGGCCUGGCGAUUGGAUUUGUCUGCGCUAGUUUGUUCCUUAUCUGCUGCUUCUCCUUCGUGGCUUUUGGAAUUUACCGAUUGCGGAUAUCGAUGUAUAACUGCUGUGGAAAAAAGCAGGACGAAACACCAGCCUUAGCACCGACUCAAAAGCAAUCUUCUCUUACUGUUUAA